AUGCACAGUCCCAGGCGAUCACUGUCUUCAGCAACAACAGAGACCAGCCCCGAUGGCAGGAUAAGGGACCCGGUAGAUACACACUAUGGAGCAGCUCAUCAAACCCGCCCGGGACACACAGUGCCAAUGGCCCCUCGCUCUGCGCAACACUAUACCGAUGUAUCAUUUGAUGGGACCGCGGAUACCCUUACGGAGAACCCAUCCUUGCUGUCUCAGAUGUCACUUUAUUUCUUCGCGAAGCUGGAUCCUAGACGUGCAGAUGUAAUCCUUAUCGUUUGUGGGUUCGUCAGCGGCCUAGUCGAUGGCUUGUCUUUCAAUGCAUGGGGCAGCUUUUCGAGUAUGCAGACAGGAAACACUGUUUUUAUUGCCCUGGGUGUAUCUGGUCAGCCAGAAUAUCCGGCGUUUCUUUGGGCAAAGUCGCUCAUCGCCCUGAGCGUCUUCUUGUUAAGCAAUGUCUUCUUCAUCCACCUAGGCCGCGCACUCAAUCCUCUACGACGGUCGACUCUCAUCCUUUCAUUCGGACUACAGACUGCUGCCCUCAUUGUCGCCGCUUCCGUGGUUCAAGCUGGGAUCGUCAGUCCUAAGCCAGAAGACCCGCGAGGCCCGAUUCAGUGGAAUCAGAUAAUACCCAUCACACUUCUCGCUUUCCAGGCUGCAGGCCAGAUAGUCGCCUCCCGCCUUUUGGCCUUUGAUGAGAUACCUACUGUCGUACUCACCACUCUUCUAUGUGAUCUACUGGUGGAUACAAAUCUCUACACCAGACCGUGGUCAGCCAAUCCGAAGAGAAACAGGAGGAUUGCCGCCUUUCUAGCCCUAUUCAUGGGCGCCAUGACUGCAGGUGGGCUCUCAAAGGCCACGGGUAUGGCAAGUAGCUUGUGGCUGGCGGUCGCAUUGAAGGGCUCCAUCACGCUGUCGUGGUUUUUCUGGAAGGACAGUUCCGGUGAGGCGAGAGAGAAACAAGUUACAAGAAACCCAGUCUAG